CUCUCUCUCUCUGCGUUCCUCUCUAUCCCUCUCUUUAGCGGUCGCCUUUUCUGUUCCAUUUCUCUUCUCACUUGGGCCGGCGAUAGCCGGACUCCACCGCCGGUGGUGGCCGUGCCGGUCGGUGGGGGGAGUGAGUGGCCAGUUGGGAGCGGGAGAUAUCGGGAUGGGAAGAGUGGGGUUGGGAGUGGCGGUGGGGUGCGCGGUGGUGACGUGCGCGAUCGCGGCGGCGCUGGUGGGGCGGAGGGCGCGGAGCUGGUGGCGGUGGGCGCGGGUGGUUGGGGUGGUGGGGCAGUUCGAGGAGGACUGUGUCACCCCGGUCUGGAAGCUGCGCCAGGUGGUGGACGCCAUGGUCGUCGAGAUGCACGCUGGGCUCGCCUCCGAUGGCGGGAGUAAGCUCAAGAUGCUGCUCACUUUCGUCGAUACACUGCCGGACGGGAAUGAAGAUGGCGUAUACUAUGCUCUUGACCUACGAGGUACUAUUUGUAGAGUCUUGAAGGUUCAACUUGGUGGUAGUGGGUCUAAGAUCAUAAACCACAAAGUUGAACAGCAACGGAUUCCCGAGGAAUUGGUAUCCGGUACAAGUGAGGAACUUUUUGAUUUUAUUGCCUUGACACUAAAAGAAUUUAUUGAAAGAGAAGAAAAUGGUCAAGUACCAGGUUCAAAGAAGGAACUUGGUUUUACAUUUUCUUUCCCUAUCAGACAAUUGUCUGUUUCUUCAGGUGUUCUUAUCAAAUGGACGAAAGGAUUUACAAUUGAAGAUGUUGUUGGAAAAGACGUUUCACAGUGUUUAGAGGAAGCCAUGUCGAAGAAUGGAUUGCAUAUGCAGGUGGCAGCUUUGGUGAAUGACCCAGUAGGCACGUUAGCUGUCGGACAUUAUGAUGAUGCAGACACUGUUGCUGCAGUGAUAAUUGGAUAUGGCACCAAUGCAUGCUAUGUUGAGCGAUCUGAUGCAAUUAUUAAGUAUCAAGGACUUCUUACUGACUCUGGAUUCAUGAUUGUCAAUAUGGAGUGGGGAAAUUUCUGGUCUUCACAUCUACCUAGGACCUGUUAUGAUAUUGCUUUAGAUGAUGAAAGUCCAAAUCGAAAUGAUCAAGGGUAUGAAAAAAUGAUUUCAGGGAUGUAUUUGGGUGAAAUCGUUAGAAGGGUUCUUCAUAGGAUUGCAGAGGUGUCAGAUAUUUUUGGAGAUUCUGCUCAUCAUCUCUCUGUACCAUUUAUUUUGAGGACACCUUUGAUGGCUGCCAUGCAUGAAGAUGAUUCUCCUGACUUGAGAGAAGUUGGAAGGAUACUCGAAGAGAGUUUGCAGACGUCCGGUCUAUCUUUGAAAGCAAAAAUGAUUGUCGUGAGAGUUUGCGACGUGGUUACCAGAAGAGCUGCUAGGUUAGCUGCAGCGGGGAUAAUUGGCAUAUUAAAGAAAAUAGGACGAGAUGGGAGUGGCGGUGUGGCGAGUGGAAGAACCAAAGGCAAACCAAGGAGAACGGUCGUGGCAAUCGAGAGAGGGCUUUAUACUAAUUAUUCCAUGUUUAGAGUAUACAUGAAUGAAGCCAUCACAGACAUACUGGGGCAGGAGAUUGCCCAGAACGUUGUUCUUAGGGUUUCAGAAGAUGGAGCAGGAAUUGGAGCUGCUCUCCUCGCUGCAGCAUAUUCAUCAAAACGAUAAAAUUUCCAAUUCAAAUGCAUUUUUUCUGUGCAGAUGUAAGAAAUUGUUUCAAAAUAUAAUAUAAAAAAGGUGGUAUUUUGCAGAAUA